AUGGGUUGUGGUACAAGCAAUACAAAAAGAAGCAACUCAAUUCGGCAAAUGGUGAGCAAUAUUUAGUCUGCGCCUAAAUUUCACAUAAAGAUAAUGAACCCCAAGAACAACCAACUUGCAGAGUUUGACAUUACUACUAAUUACGAGGUUAUGCCUCUGCCUACAGUUAUGAAUUUAUUGAGUUUUGAUAAAAACCAAGGCGAUUACGUCAAGGCAAACUUUAUAUCAAUCUACAAUGCAAAGGAAGACAGAUACGAAUAUUUUGUACAGCAGCUCUUGGGGGUUGAAGUAGAAAAAGAAAAGCCUUAUGAUGGCAAAAUUUGGGUUGUUUAUAUCAAUGGGAAAAAAUGUAAUUGGGAUGAGGCAUGUGAAUCAGACCAAACUGUGGCUAUUACAGAUGAAAUUUUUUGGAGAUUCCAAGACUUAAAUGAGAAUCUGCCUCUGGUUACUGCAGCAAGCAUCAACAGUUAA